ACUCUACUAAUUUUCAACUUCAAUCUUCAAGCUAUUAGGUGGAAACUGUACCGCUCGUUACAUACAGUUGUUAUCACUUCUUUUGUUGUGAACCACCACUCUCUCAGAAGGACAUUACUAAUACCCCACUCUCGCUAAUAUAUUCCCCUAGAUAAAGAAGACUUUAUUAAUUAGUAUCCAUUAUAUAGAAGAGAGAUAAUAAUCGCCCUACAGAUGAACCAUCAAAACCACUACAACUUCCAUAGCAGUCCUCCAGUUGGUCAAUCAAUGGACGGGUUUGCCGGUAGUCCUGUUGUGGGACCGACUUCAGCUUUCAACGUUUUACCUCCUGACGUCCACCAAAUUCAAGUUCUGCGAGGAAUAGUACAAUCACAAUCUGUCCAAUCUUCUCCUAUGCAACAAAUGCCUCCGCAACACCAAUUUCAAGCUCCACCGCCACAACAACAUCUUCAGUAUCAACAAUCAGAACAUGAACAGUUACAGGCGUUUCAACAUCAGUUAGCUUCUCAAAUGAAAGGGUUCCAUUUACAAACUCCUACUUCGGAGUCUACGGCAGUUUUCCAAGGGUAUUCGACCCCUGCUCCAUUGGCAGGUGCACCUGUAAUCCCUGUUCUGGUACCGGUACCGCCGUCUACUGUUCCACAAGCAAUGCCACCUACCCCUCAGUUUUCCUCUCCGAGAGAGGCUAUUGUACAUCCACAACAACAGCAUCAAAACUUAAACUCUGUCAGCGCGCCCGAUACUUCAUAUCUGAACGAUAUACUAUCCUUUGACUGCACAUCGAAUGAUAUCACCAUUGAAGAUAUUUUGAAAAAUGAUCCAUUCCUCGAUUUGAAGGAAAGUACGUCGAAUAUCGAAGAAAACCAUAUCACCAACUCCCCACUUGAAGAAGAAGAUGGAGAAGAUUUAUUCACUAGUUUCAUUGAUGAUUCUAGUUGCGGGCCGGGAUCGCAUGACUCUUCUGCACUUGGAUUGGGGUUAGGGAUUAGCACUCCUAUGAUACCACUUCCUCCUCCUCCUCCGAUAAAAUCUGGUUCCAAUUCUGCUACCACUAGCAUGAUUAACCAUUCACCUGUAUCUAAUUCAACUUCUCCAAGAUCAAGCAACACUACUACGUUUAGUUUUGUUCCUCCAUCUACCCCGGGUUUAUCACAUUCAGGGUCACUGGUUUCGAAAUCACCAAAAAGAUUAUCCUCUUCACCUUCUAGAGCCCUUCGAAAGGCUCGUUCGUUUAGCAACGGUACUAUCAUGUCUGGCGCGGGUCCUCAGACGUCUACCGGGAAUUUUACAUUUGCUUCAUCUGAACCAUCCAAUGGGACGGUUACAGCCCCUGCAUCGGCCAAUCCAACCCAAGAACCUCAGUUUUCCCUUAGUGAUUGUUCUGGUGCGUUUGCUCUCUAUAAUUAUUCAUUUGUAUUUGAACAGAGACCACCACCAGUUCCGGGUUCAUCGUCGAAAUUAAGACGUAAAUCACUUCCAAAAAUCAUUUCAAAAUCUAUUGACAAACCUGGAUUAAGAAAGUCCCAGCUGACCCUUUUCCAUCGAGAAGUUAAUGGACAACCAUUGUGUAACCCGAAUGUUAUGAAGGAUAUGAAUUCGGGUAUGGUUGUAUUUCAAUUAAAUAAUAAGUAGAAUUUAUCAAAAUUUUGGGAUUAAUAAAUAUAUACCCAAGUCGGUCAUAUACCU